GUGAAUGGAACUUUACUUCUCCUAUCUUUGGGAAAAAAUAAUUGGUGAUAUUUUACAAGAAAAUGUUUUCUGCAAGGAUGGUGGUAAAAUUAUGCAUAUGUGAUCACAUUUCUGCAAACUACCAGAAGGUUGUGCAUAUAAUGGUUAGGCACAUAAAUCUCAGGGAGCGAGAGGUGAAGCUGUGUCCGUUGUUUCUUCUGGUUUGUGUGUAUUUUCUAAUUUUCCUAAAAUUUUCGUAUAGUACUGUAAUUACUGUAACUCUUGAAGGCUAGUCUUGUAAAAAGUAUGAUAAUGAAACAUUCAUCAUUAUUUUCCUAUCCUGGGAGAAGCUGAGUCCGGGGUCUUUCAUUCCCAACGUCUGUCUCUACUUGCCAGCUCGUCUCGCAAAUCUGCGCUUGAGGAGGCGCGGUCGCGGCGCGGGUCUCCAGUGGAGUCCGCCGUCUCCCCGCGUCGGCCCUGCGCCGCAGGGGCUGAUGGGAAGUUGCGCGCGCGGCGCCCCCGCCCCUCAGGCGCCUGUGCGCCGGGAGGCCGGCUCCUUACUUCCUGGCUGUGCCGGGGCGGUGGUCGUGGUUUGUUCGGGUCUGGCUGUGGAGGUGCGCCCCAGAGCGGGCCGUGAGGGCUGCGAGGGGGUCUGUGUCAUUCAAGGAUGUGACUGUGGCCUUCACCCAGGAGGAGUGGCAGCACCUGGACCCUGCUCAGAGGACCUUGUACAGGGACGUGAUGGAGAACUACAGCCACCUCGUCUCGGAUAUUGCAUUACCAAGCCAGAGGUGGUCUUCAAGUUGGAGCAAGGAGAGGAGCCAUGGGUAUUAGAGGAUGAGUCCUCAAGCCAAAGUCCCCCUGUUGUCUCAUGGUAUAUCUGGAGGAUUGGUUCCAGGAACCACCAUGGAUACCAAUAUCUGCGGAUGCUCAAGUUCCUUAUAUGUUCUUGCUGCAGGUGCCUGGGGAGGCUAGCCUGUCCCCCUGGCCGGCUGAUUGUAAUGCUCAGGCUUGAUAAAUUAUUCUCAUUUCUAGAAUUCUGGGAAGUUGAUGACCUCAUGCAGAAGAACCAGGAAAACCAAGACCAGCAUUUGUGGAAAGUUGAUUUUGUCAAUGAUAAAACACUGACUAAGGAGAGAAAUAGUGUAUUAGGAAAAAUAUUUAAUGUGGACACAAACCCUAUUCCAAUGAGAAAAGUACCUAAUAAAUAUGACUCAUGUGUAAUGAAUUUGAAUUAGAUUUCAGAAUUAAUUAUAAGUAAUAGAAAUUCCUUUGUAAGGAAGCUUGAUGAAUUUAAUGCACAGAGGAAAUUGCUCCUCUGUACAAAGUAUGAGCAUUCUCAUGCCAGAGAGAAACCUUUUAAAUAUGAUAGAAAUGGGAAAGCUGUCAGUCAAAAUGAGGACCUAUUUCAACAUCAGGAUAUUCAAACUCAGAAGCAAUAUUUUGAAUAUAAUGAAUGUGGGAAAGCCUUCCGUGAGGAGGAAGACUUCAUUACCCAUAAGAGAGCAUGCUCAUGGGAGAAGUCCUGUGAAUAUAAUGAACAUGCGAGAAGCUUUUAUGAUGAUUCAAACCUUCUUGUCCAUCAAACUCUCACACAGAAGAAUCACUGUGAAUUUAAUGACUGUGGGAAGUGGUCUCUUGGUGAGAAGUCAACUGUAAAUAAACACCAUAGAGUUGUCAUAGGGAAGAAAUAGUAUGAGU